AUGUCAAUGAGCGGAUUACAUUUGACAUUUGGAGGCAAAAAAUAUACAAGGACAAAUGCCGGUAAACAAACCAAGAAUAAGAUCAGAAUCAUGGCCGUCGAAGGCGUAAUGGUAUCCUACAACUAUUCUGACGAUGGAGAACUUGCCAAUAUUCUCACUGUGUCGUCAUCUGGGAUCAGAUUCUCCAAACGCUGGGUCCUGGCACACGGCUCAAUACUUUCUCCGUUAAAAGAGGCAAAAAUCAUCAGAAAUGCUAAAGGGAAACCGAUUUUAAGCGAAGAAUUCUAUGCGAAUUUGCCAGAGAUACAUGUAACUUGUGAAAAGAAGAGAUCCAAACGUCCGGAUCUGUAUGAGAGCGUGGAGAAGUUGAGCCGUGAAAGAAAUAUGCACACUGGAGAUAUGGAACACAGCAGCUAUUUGAUUAGAGUGUUAACUGGCAGAAUAUGCCAUUUAUGGCAGUGCCCGAUCCUGGACAGGUGUGCAGAUGAUAUAUUGUACAGCUGGACAAUAGGGCACAGGGAAGGCGAUAUUGACCAGCAGAUGAAACUGGGCAACGCUCUGUUCUCCGUGUUCGUGCUUAUUGACUUGGAGAGCGACAAAAGAGGUUAG